AUGCGCAGCCCUCCGAAUGUGGAGACAAAGGUGGAUAAGCCACCUGCUACCAUCAAGCAGUUUUCUCUUGGCAAGCAGGACUUCCCUUGCUUCUGUUCCCGUGGUGUCAACGUGCAUGUUGGAAAGCCUGACCCCGUGGAGCUGCUCCUCACAUUUCCGUUGCCACAGGCACCAGUGCUCUCCCCACAAAAACCGAAAGACAGCCAACGAGGGGCUCGGAAGCUCGAUCCGUUGUCCAUCCUACAUGCCGUAGGGCUAGAGUCUUACAGUGCACACAGUGCUGCUUGGUCCCGUUUGGGGCUUAUAGGGGCCCUUCGGCUUAAUGAGGGCCCUCGAGCCCACGGACUCUAUGGCACUUCACUUCGCCGCUUGAUCUUCUUAGUAUCUGAUGCAGACACUGCGCAGCUCUGGUCACACAAGCUGGCUGCAUGCCACGCUCAAGAGUCUCCAUUAUUGCUAAGCGUUGACUUAGAAUGGGCAUUUCCUGCUGUCUCUUCGGAACGAUGCAACGAUGGACAUUCCGUCAAGGCUCCGAGAGCCCAGGUUUCGCUCCUGCAGGUCUGUGUGGAGAAGCUAGGGCCUAGAGAAGGGUGGCCGCCGUCUUUCUGCCAUGUGCAGCCUCUCGAUCCCCCCGAAAAACGGUGCGAGGGAGCUGCGACCUUGCAAAAAGGCGCCACUCUGUCUGCUCCACUUGCGCCUCUCUCAUCGACUCGUGCGUGUGGUCCCCCUGCACCACUAGGAGCCGAUUCCACGUGUGUCAUUCACGAAGCAGCCGUUUCUGCAGCAGUUGCGGCAGCAGUUAAAAUAGGCUUUGUGGGCCUUUUCGACCUGAAACCCGCGCCCGACAGAACCGUUCAACAUCUUGGCGCACUGCUGCAGAAUCCAAAUAUUCCUAAAGUCAUGCAUGACUGUCGAGAAGACAGCGCGAUUUUGCACGCCUGCUUUGGAGUUCAUCUAAAGAGCGUUUUCGACUCCAUGGUUGCCGCGCAGGUGCUGCAGCGCUCGCGGGGAUGCGAAGAGUUUCAGCAGAGCCUCAACGAUUUGCUUCUGGAACAGCUUGGUGUUGCGUGA